AUUGAGGAAGGAAGUAAAGCUGCGGCUGUCGACAAGUUACUGGCCGGAGACGAGAUCGUGGGCAUCAAUGACGUCGGCCUCUCAGGGUUUAGACAGGAAGCGAUUUGCCUGGUGAAAGGGUCCCAUAAGACCUUGAAGCUGGUGGUCAAAAGGAGGACUGAUGUGAGCUGGAGACCUCAUUCGUGGCACGCCACCAAGUUCUCCGAUGGCCACCCCGAGCCCGCGGCCUCUCAGUUCCCCGCCACCAGCGGCUGUUCUUCCUGGCACGGCCGACACCAUGCCAGUUCUUCCUCUCAAGACCUGUCCGGCUCCUGGGAGCAGACGAACCUACAGCGCACUUCGGACCACUUCAGCUCCCUGGGCAGCGUGGACAGCCUGGACCAGCCCUCCCAGCCCUACCCCUCUGGACACCUUUCGGCGGCCAAGUCCAACAGCAGCAUCGACCACCUGGGCGGCCCCAGCCAGCGCGACUCGGCCUAUGGCUCCUUCUCUACCAGCUCCGGCACCCCGGACCACAUGCUGCCCAAGGCUGAGGGCUCCUCUGCGGAGAACAUCCUCUACAGAGUUGGGCUCUGGGAGGCGUCCCCUCAGGCCCUGGAGGAGAGGCCCUCCACUGUCCCCCCCAGGGCCCUCGGGGACAGCAGUAAAAGCCCCAGGCCGGAGGACAGUGCUGAGCCCAAGCUGACCGCUUCUGGCAAGUCCAGUUUUGGGCCUGUCUGGCACGUUCCCGACAAGAAGAAAGCCCCUCCGUCGCCACCCCCGCCUGCACCUCCGCUGCGCAGUGACAGUUUUGCUGCCACCAGGAGCCAUGAGAAGACGCAGGGCCCCCCGUUCGCAGAGGCGGCCACGACGCAGCACUUCGCAGCCCAGACCCGGACGCAGCCUCGGGGUGAUUGGAGGCCGGACCCAGCCGAUCGGCAGCGGAGGCCCCAGCGCCCCAGCAGCGGGAAGGAAACAGGAGGCCACCCUGACUGCGGCUGGCUGGGCUGCAGCGACAGGGCGGGUGGUCCCCCGGGCAGGCCGCAGGCCUCCCUGUCCAGCGCCGACGUGCACCUCGUGCAGCCUCCCCACGGGGGCCAGCACCUGCACCAGGGCAUCGAUGAGAGCCCCGCCGGGAAGCUGAGGGAGUCCGUGAGGGAGUGGCCGCGGGGCGGAGGCUGGCACGAACUGCCUAUGCCCCGCUGCCAGGAUACCGGCCCCCCUCAGGCGAGGUGGCCCAAGGCCGCUGACCAGAGCCAUUAUUCUUGUGUGGCUGCCAGGCAGCCCCCGCUCCGUGGCGAGUGCUGGCACUGGGAUGCAGCCCCCGGGGCCCCCGAGUACCCUCCCUCACACCUGGCGGUGGGCCCCAGCCCGCAGUGCCCCCUGGCCUGCCACGAGGAACCAGGUCCCUUGCCAGGUGCAGCGGCAGAGGGUGGCUUCUCGGGAUUCCAUGAGCUGCCUGGGGCCAGCCACACCGAGCAAGGGCCACCAGCUGGUGGCUUCAGGGGGACAGAUGCGAAGGGCAGCAGGCUCUCGUGCCAGCGGACCCCCGUGUUGCACUCCCUGACCCAGGAGGGCCAGACGGAUGCUACAGAGAGGCCGCUUCCGUUUGACGCGCAGGUGGGUCGACCGGCACGGAGAAGUGACCGAUUUGCUACCACGCUGAGAAAGGAGAUCCAGACGCGCAGGGCCAGGCUGCGGAAAAGCAAGAGCACGGUGACCCUGGCCGCAGGCAGCGCGGCGGAUGGUGAGGCUGGCAGCUGGCGGGCCCAGCCUGGUGCCACCUCAGAAGGCUCCUUCUCCAGCACCUACAAAGACCAUCUGAAGGAGGCCCAGGCUCGGGUCCUGAGAGCCACGUCCUUCAAGCGCCGAGACUUGGACCCCAACCCGGCGGACCAGUACCCCGGGCCCCCAGAACGCAGGACCGGGGAGCACGGUGCCGCCUCCUCGUUCCCUGGGGAGCCGGACUCCGUGUCUCGCUUCUGGGAGGCAGGCGUGGACAAGCCAGCCUCAUCUGGAGGUGGACCGCCCCAUGUGCCCCGCGUCGGAGGCCGGAAAAGGUUCACGGCGGAGCAGAAGCUGAAGUCGUACUCUGAACCGGAGAAAAUGAAUGAGGUGGGGCUCUCAGGGAGCUGUGGUUCACAGCAGCACCCCAGGACCCCCGAGGACUCCGUGGGCACAUUUGCCGACAGGUGGAAGUUUUUUGAAGAAACUAGCAAACCUGUUCCACAAAGGCCAGGCCAGAGACAAGCUGUGCACGGACUCCCGAGAGAGAAGGUGGAGAGGCCAAGGACCGCGGGUCAUGGAUGCGAAGGCACGGAGCCCUGGCUGCAGAAGAGGUCACGAGCCACCUCCUUUGGAGAAAUUCUCAACGGUUGUAGCAGAGUGGGAAACCCGGGGAAGAUGGACCCACCAGAGAGACUUGGGACCUUUGCAGAGUAUCAGGCUUCAUGGAAGGAACAGAGGAAGCCUUUGGAAGCCAGGAGCUCCGGACGGUGUCGCUCAGCGGACGACAUUCUGGAUGCAGGUCUGGACCACCAACACCAGAGACCGCAGUAUGUUCAUGAACGGUCCCGGUCGUCCCCAUCCACAGAGCACUACAUGCAGGAAUUGCCUGUCGAACCUCGAAGGCAGUCAGGGGACCCUGGUGGGCACAGAGAGGCUCCUCCCUCUGCAGUCCGUGCUCGGGAGGCACGUUCCACUCCGAGACAAGCAGAUGCCCAAUGUCCUGAGGCCAGUCCAGCGGCACGGCAGGACCCGCUGAAGCAGAGUGCACUGCCCCUGUCCACGGUGUCUGGCACGGCUCCUGAGUUGCCCGGAGAGGGCCGGGGUCGAGCAGGGACCCUGCCCCGAGAUUAUAGGUACUCAGCGGAGAACGCGCCUGCAGAUUUGACAUUACAAGCACAGGGUAUCCCCUCACCCCUGCCGGUUCAGGGACAAGACUCGUGUCCAGUGAGUACCGCCGCGCCCCCCAAGAGACCAGCCCCGCAGAGACCUCCGCCCCCCAAACGUGAGCCCCGGAAGCACAGGGCCCCGGACGCUACACCCGCAGAUGCUCACCCGGCUGUCCUGCCACCUGCAUCCCUGAAUGCUGCUGUGACCUGCCUGUCCCUCUCCUGCAGCCCCUCUGUGUCUAGCAGUGCCCAGCCGCAAGACGCGCCCCCGAAGGCCACCGCCUGUGAGCGUGACAGCCAGCAUGUGAAAGAGGACACGCCGUGUCUUCGACCAGAAGCACUGCCCUCUUCCAAGUUCCAGCACCUGCAGGUGUCUGCCAUGGAAACCUCUCGCUCCCCCUCGCCUCAGUUUGCCCCCCAGAAGCUGACGGAUAAGCCGCCCCUGCUCAUCCAUGAUGAGCAUUCAACAAGAAUCGAGCGGGUGAUGGACAACAACACCACAGUGAAGAUGGUGCCCAUCAAGAUCGUGCACUCGGAGAGCCAGCCCGAGAAAGAGAGCCGUCAGAGCCUGGCGCGCCCGGCUGAGCUGCCUGUGCUGCCCAGCGGGCUGGAGCGGGACCAGAUCAAGACGCUGAGCACGUCAGAGCAGAGCUACUCCCGCUUCUGCGUGUACACGCGGCAGGGCGCUGAGACUGAGGCCCCAUCCAGAGCCCGGCCACCCGAGCCCCAGCCCCCUGGGCCCCCCACGGCCCCCACACCGGAAGUCUGUGCUUCCCCGCUGGGGCUCAGCUAUGCCAAGGCCAAAGAGAAGACCGCGGAGGACCUGAAGUCCGAGGAGCUGGCCAGGGAAAUCGUGGGCAAGGAUAAGUCCUUGGCCGACAUCCUGGAUCCCAGCGUGAAAAUCAGAACCACCAUGGACCUAAUGGAAGGAAUCUUCCCCAAAGAUGAGCACCUCCUGGAGGAGGCUCAGCAGCGGAGGAAGCUGCAUCCCAAAAUCCCCUCUCCCAGGACAGCAGAGGAGAAGAAGGAGGAGCCAAGCGUGCCAGCGGCCGUGUCCCUGGCCACCAAUUCCACCUACUACAGCACAUCGGCCCCCAAGGCAGAACUGCUGAUCAAGAUGAAGGACCUACGGCAGCAGCAAGAGCCUGAGGAAGAUUCGGGGAGCGACUUGGACCACGACCUGUCACUGAAGAAGGAGCUCAUCGACAGUAUCGGCCGCAAGCUGCAGGUGCUCCGGGAAGCCCGCGAAAGCCUGCUCGAGGACAUCCAGGCCAACAACGCGCUGGGGGACGAGGUGGAGGCCAUCGCGAAGGACGUCUGCAAACCCAAUGAGUUCGACAAGUUCCGAAUGUUCAUCGGCGACUUGGACAAAGUGGUGAACCUGUUGCUGUCCCUGUCGGGCCGCCUGGCCCGGGUGGAAAACGCCCUCAAUAACUUAGAGGACAGCCCUUCUCCUGGCGAUCGGCAGUCGCUGCUGGAGAAGCAGCGAGUCCUCAUCCAGCAGCACGAGGACGCCAAGGAGCUCAAAGAGAACCUGGACCGCCGCGAGCGCAUCGUGUUCGACACCCUGACCGCCUACCUCAGCGAGGAGAGCCUGGCAGACUACGAGCACUUCGUGAAGAUGAAGUCGGCGCUCAUCAUCGAGCAGCGGGAAUUGGAGGACAAAAUCCACCUGGGCGAAGAGCAGCUGAAGUGCCUGCUUGACAGCCUGCAGCCUGAAAGAGGCAAGUAAGUGGCUGGUCAGCCGGGCAGAGGACAGCUGCGGCCUCGGAGCUCUGUCCACAUGCGUGUGACCUCGACAGUGCUGAUCUCCUGGAGAGAGACUCAUCCCAGGGCACAAUACCAUUGUGUGGGCUUGGGAUCCCUUACUGAACCUUUUAAUUUCCCUUGGGAACAGAGCAGUUUCCCUCACAUGUGACUACGUGAGAUGCCCGGCACUGGCUGGCGUGGACCCCAUGGAUCCAUUAGGCUGGGGCUGUGGGACAUACAGACUCUGUCGCCUUCGGUGGAAGAGCCGCCGUUCCUCUGCCUUCCCAUGCCAAAGCAGCUGCAUGGAAAGACACCGAGAACAUCCUCGGGAUGCAGGAGCGGGGACGCCCCGGUGCACAUCUUCCCUCGGGAUGCGUCCGGGGAUGGGCUGCUGGGUUGUGUCCUUUUCCUGACCAAGUAUGAGUGUCCGUCCUCUCUGCCCUAUAAUCGUGUUCCCUGACCCAGCAAAGUCUCGAUGAGGAUGAUAAUUUAUUAACAUGUAGGAAAAGUGAAUAGUUUCCUAAUGGUUAAAAACCAGCAGGGAAAUGGACAACCUAUAUGUUGGGUGCACUCGCUCUAAGCUUAAAAGUGCCACUUCAAGAAAUGACGUGCAUGCUUUAGAACCCACUCACAUGACAGACACACCACUGUGGUCCUUCUCGCCAGGCAUCAGAGGUUACAUGAUGUUAUCCAGCCAAGUAAGAACACUUCGCUACAUGUGUCCAGUACUAAUGUGCUUGUUAACUAUUUAUUUCCUGAGACCAAUGGAAUAUUUUUCUACUUACUUUCCCUCCAGAACAUUAACCUUGUGCACGUAUGGUCAUUCAUGAUCAUUGUUUUUUUGUUGCAGUUGUUUGUUUGUUUCUUUCUCUGUUUUGGCAUCAAGUUGGUCCCCAGAUAUUGAGGGCCAUAUUCUGCGUACUGUGAGACCUUUCCUCUGCCUUUUCAGGGGUCCUGUGCACUAUCUUAACUCUUAAACUUGACCUUUUUCUGCUGCAGAGUUUAAAGAUUCUGUGCCUCUUGCAGGGGUGAAAAUGGCAGGGCUCAUUAAAUAAUACCAUCAUGCUGCAGUUUCCAUUGGUAAUCAGAGACUGAAAGGAAAUGUUUGCAGAUCAUGUGUCUGCCAAAGGAUUUGUACCCGGAAUGUAUGAAGACCUCUGGAAACCCAGUGAACGGCCCAGUUAGAAAGGGGGCAACAGACUUGAACAGACAGUUCACCAAAGAGGUUAUACACAUGGCAAAUAAGCACAGGCAACAAUGUCCAGCUGCUGAUGGCUUGCUGAUUUUUUACCUAAUAAUUGUGGGUCACGUGUAUUGCUGGAAAAAGCUCAUCUAACUAAAGCCAUGGUUAAUGGUGAGCCAGUCCUUCACAUAACUGGGUAUUUAGGUAGUAUCUGUUCCUUUCUCCUUAGUCCCAUAAGGAGUGAAUAGGUUUCCCCUUAGUCAGCAAUAACCACGGCCCUCCUAAAAAACACGUAUUCACAUGCGUGCACACAUACACACAGAAACACAUUCACAUGUCACAAGCCUGACACAGAGGUGUCUUAUGCUUGUGAAGUCUUUCCCUACAGCUGAGUCCUGUAGGGCAGGCUUCGGUCCUGCAGAACUCACGCUGUCAGCAGCCUCCCAGGGCCUUUUCAGAGGUGAUCAUUCCUGUCUCUGAUGAGCUGUGUGACUCCGUGCGGCCCCAGCUCCCUCCUCCUUUCCACCUGGCCCCUUGCUGGGAGCACGGGCCACUGGCUGGGCUAUCCACAGACCUCACGAGUAACUUGAUUGUUUGUUUAUAAUUCAGACAAAUUUUUGACCCAUGCUCUUUAUCCUCAAAUUGAGUAUUGUGAUCGUCUUAAUAAUAUACAUGUACAAUGUGAAUAAUCAAAUCUCUGCAUCUAUUCCCAGCCUUUACACGUCUUUUUGGACUCCCGCCUUAGAUUUAGCAGUACGUAGUCCUGCUUUGCUGUCCUUUGCGCCAAGGGCACAUUAUCACAGCCUUCCCUUCUGGUUUUCUGUUUGCCUCUGUAAUGCGUGGUCCACAGGGAAUGAAAGACUCCAGUGGUCUCCAUGUACAUAACUCAGUACAUAGAUGUAUUGUUGUUAUGAAAAUAAAUACGGUGCUACCAGUUGGCCCUGGGCAUUCAAAGGUGGUCGUUGAUUCCUGCCCCUGUCGUAGCAAAGCUGUGGAAGUCUGCAGAGUGGGCCUUCUCUCACUUAGAUAUGUGUCGCCUGUAUCCUGCAGCAUACUGUUUCAAUUGUGUAUAUAUUUCAUAGUUGACACCACAUACUGAUCAAUGGCGCAUCCUGCUUGAUUUUAACAAAAUAAAUACUGUGUCUUCGAGUGAAA